AUGAGCGCUCACUACGAAGACAACUCUGACUCGUCAGGCUUUGCUGAUCUAGAAGACUUUUAUGAACGCACGCGAGAAAAGGCCUCAUCCGAGUCCUCGACAAGGCCACCUUCGCCGAGAUCAAGACACGAUGAUCUUGAUGUGCGAAUGGAAGUGCUCAUGCAGAGCCCGACCACCGAUCCCGAGCAGCUCUCUAUCAUCCAUCGCUGGUUGCAUGACGGCCUGGAUGCGCGCCAGACGCGUGGACAGGCUCAAUCUCAAUCCGGCGAUCGAGUAACCUACGACCUCUCGAUCUCUCCACGUGUUGCGGACAAUCCCGCCGCAUGGAAACAGCUUGGAAGUCAAGCUCCAGAGACAGUGCGAAGUGUUCGUGUCGAGUUCACUCGUCCCGGCAGACGAUCUCAAUCGGAAGGCGCAGGCUCUCUGGUCCCCCGCCAAAUCGAGGAACUUGUCAAGAGCUUGAACAACACCAAGCGAAUCAAUGACGAUCUGACACACAAUGGACGCUACUCUAAGGUUUCGGUGCUGCCGAUCAUAAGAGCUCAAAAGGCUCAAGAAUGCUUCAUGGCACACUUUAACUUUCUUGUCUACGAUAUCUUCAAGAUCCCAGAGAAGAACGCCCAAAACACGCUUGCGAAGAAGAUUGACGAACUGAUAGAAGAGCAUGGGAAGAAGGAUGAGCUGGUUAUUGUCGUUUACGCCGGGCACGGCUUCAACCCGCUCGACAUCCCGGGAGGACAAAGUGGAUAUGGUCCGUCAGUGUGGAUACCUCGUCAGAGCUCGAGAUACACGGAAGGCGUGAACUGGUCGAACAUACAGCCAUUACUCCACAGCGCCCCGUGCGAUACACUCAUCAUCCUGAAUUGUUGCUUUGCAGGAAAUGCUGUAUUGGGUGGCAUGAAGGGCACCAACGAGAUUCUGGCAGCCUCAGACCGCCAAAGUGUUGCAUACGCAUACGGCCGUUCGUUCCUGAGAGCUGUGAUUGAAGUCCUAGGUGAAUUGAAGACUUCAAGGUCCAGUUUGACCAUCAACAUGCUGAGGGAUCGACUCGAUGAAUACAAUAGGAAUGACAGAGACGAGUGGAGAAGGAUCACGUCGCCAUACCACAAAAGGUACCCCAACCUUGACCAUCCGAGCAUCAAGCUUCGAGCUUUACCGAGCUCGAGCUCGAGCUCGACUAGUGCGACCAAGCGCCCGACCACCUCGACGCAGAGCCUUUACAGCCCCUCAUUCUACGUGAAAGUAUCGCUUGACUCUCCAGACACACUGUCGUUGGCCGAAUGGACUUCAUGUUUCGAGAGUGCAAAUUACCCCAGUGACGUCAAGCUGCACUUUUACACCGAGGAGUCCUUGCGCAAUGGUUUCAAGGGAGAUGAUGGAGAAUGA